CAGCCCAGCCAUUGCCACGCCCUCACUCUGUCCUUCCCGCUCGCUCGCUGUACUAUAUUUUCCUUCGUCCUCGUGCACAGUUCUGCAUUGUUGGCGUUUCCGGCUUCAUCUCUGCCUGCAUCAGUUCAAAUACCUUAGGAGGCAUGCUCUAUUGCUAGUGAGCUCCGAUCGCAAAUGCCACCGUCAGCCCGGCGUCCAUCUCCGACAAAAUCAGCUCGCAGCACACUCGACGCUUCUCGGUAAUUUGCGCUGCCAUCAUCUGCGCUCUUGACGGCUCGGGUGAUGCUUGAGCGUGCUUCGACAUGCCUCGAAUCCGGCGGACGCCAGCUUUUUCGCGCCCCCAAACAAUGUCUGCACAGUCGACGCAUGCUACAUUCGAACUUCUGGCACCACGGUGCAAGCGACCUCGGCCUGCCCAUAUGGUGGGCUGCGUCCACGAUACUCGACCCAGCCAAUAGCGACGGCGACCGGCCGGCGAGGACCACAGCUCGUCUGGCUCCAAGAUAUUACGAUGGCGCGCUGCUCGACUUUCUUUACCCCGAGAAAACACUUGCACUGCUCAGGCGAAUGUCCAUAUACGGGUCUGACGUACCAGAGCCCCGGCGGCGGCCGCUGCUCGGAGCUGGCGUGCGCAAGUUCUCUACAAUCCGAGGGCAACCUCGACUUGACGAGGCUAGUGUGGACGCGACAGUCAUUGAGCAGGCAAAGAAAGAGAUGGAGCGUCUGCUGGAAGACUCCACCGCCAUUAUAGAGCUUGAGAAGGUGCUGCAAAAAUGGGAGCCUGGAAAGCAAGAACUGGUCUGGCAGCUCUAUUCUGCUAUCCCUGACGACCAACUUGCUAGCAGAAAUCACCGCCUACGCAAGGAUCUCCUCGCAUAUCUUAUCCACAGCGGGGACUCUGCAGUCCCCGGGCGGGUGCUCCAAGUAUUUGGCGAGCUGCCUCCUGCCCAUCGUCUUCCGUCAUUGUAUCGAGCAGCGAUCACGGCUUAUAUCGCGCUCAGGAUGGUUGGGCCAGCAAUCCAACUACUGGAGGAGGCUCGCGACGAUAAGCAUUGCGACAUGUUGCACAUUGGCGUAGAUGUCAUUCUUCGACGUACUGUCUUCGACGAGCAAUGGGAUCUCAGCCUCCGCGUUUUCAAAGCCUUCAUGCGCGCAACACCUACCCUUAAUAAGCUGCCUACACCCGUGCAGAUACGUCAUGGAAACAUCCUACCGGAGAUUUGGAAGGAGGUCUCUCAUCUGCCGAUUUUGUUGGAGAACUUGCAGUCGUUCCUCCACCAUGUGCGCGAAUUCCAACAUGAACUCAGGUCCUCGAAAAAGCUAGAGGAUACAUUGUCAUGUUUCGUAAUGACCUUCGUACCUCACGUAAUGGAUCACGUCCUUGAUGUUCAUAAAUCGGACGAAGUUUUCAUGCGGACUUGGUUCUUGAAGCUUUUCGAUGACUUGCAAUCUUUGAACCUCCCAACAUCGACAUGUUACGAGUACGCGAUCAAACGCAUCUUAGAGCUUCCGCGAAACCGAACCCAAACCAAGGACUCGAAGCUUUGGCUCGACCUCUAUCGAAGAUAUCGACAACAAUUUGACGACCAAGCUAACUACAGUUCCGGAGCAAGGCCAUCCCAGGGAUUGAUUAGACAAUUAAUCUUUCACUACGCUCAAAAUAAUGGUCUAGCGCAGGUACACGAACACAUACGAGAUCUACGCACUUUCUAUCCUGGUCAGCCGUUGCGGCCAGGGCUCCUCAAAUUCUUGAUUCAAACUUUCGCCCUGAAUGGUGAAGAUGCAAUGGUGCUCGAAUAUUUCAACGAGUUCCAUACAAAUUACAAGGGGCAGAUGGACUUGAAGGUUCUAUCGUCACUACCAUUCGUGUAUGCCCGACGCGCGGACAUUGACGGAACAACAAGGCAGUUCAGGCGAAUUCAUGAUGAGUUUGGUAUGGUUCCUGAUACCGCUUGCUGGAAUAUUCUGCUCCUCGCGUAUGUUCGCGCUGAUGAUCUUGAUGGAGCUCUUGAAUGCUUCAACCGCUGUGUAGAUUGCGGGAUCAAGCCAGAUAUACAGACUUUCGGGCCCUUGCUCGAUUUCUGCGCCAGUCGGGGUGACGUCGAGGCGUUCGAGACGUUAUUUUCAAGAGCGAAGCAAAUGGGUGUUCCGAUAUCCGCGGAUGUACGAGCAAGAUCUGGCUACGUACAAGCCUUCUUGAACGCUGGUGAUGUAAAAGGCGCAGAAGCCAUUGCCCAGGGGAUGCUCAGGAGUUGGCAGACGGGAACACUUUACGGACAUCCUCUCACUCACACUUGGAAUAUGCUCAUUCAGCAUCAUGCUUUGCAACGAGAUAUCGCAAGUAGCAGACAGUGCUACAAGCAGAUGAUGGAAAACAACAUCCCCCUCGAUUCCUGGACCUAUGGCAGUCUCAUGCGAACCUUGGUGGAAGUCAAGCAGACGAACGCUGCUUAUAAGAUUCUGAGGGUCACGAUGCCGGCAAACAAUCUCCAAAUUCACGCACUUCAUUACGCCAUUGUCAUGACUGGCUUCUUGAGAGAAGGACAACUCGAUCUCGCCAUGGACGCCUAUGAAGCGAUGGUCAAGCGCCACGUUCCUCAGACUGAGAGUUCGCGCCAAGCCGCCCUUCAGACAUUAGGCACUGUCGAGCUUGCAAAAUUGAAGAAGAGAGGGGCGAAACAUGCAAACUAUCGUUUACUCAAGGUCGAGCAGGCCCUCCAGGAGGUGCUUGUCGCAGGAGCUGGAAGCGAUAUUGCUCAUGAAGGGCCCCGUCACGCAAGACAACUCGAUACACGUAACUACGGCGCUGUGCCCCAAGCUUAUUACGGUCUUCUUAUUUCGCUCUACACCACUCGAGGAGCGUAUGCAAUUUGUAAGAAACUGUACCAAAAGGCGGAAGAAGCGGCACCUGACUCAGACAACUACACUACCUCGAUUACGCUCACCACGGCCAUCAUGGAGGCCCACCUUAGAGCAGGCAGACACGCCGAAGUAGCACAUUGCUGGGAGCUGGCACGUGCCUCAGCCAACAAACUUACCAAGACGUUCCACCAAGUCGUGCACCCUGCACCCGCAGUCCCCGAAUUCGACUCCCUCACCGACCCCUCGGUCAGUGAACGCUUCGAGCAGUCUCACAUCUCUACCAACCGUCGCCACAUCCUCUUCAAAGCCUCACGUGUCUACAUUCGCAGUCUCCUCGCGCAAUCCGACCCGACCGCCCUCCAAGAAGCACAACGUACCAUUCGCGAUUUGCUCGUCAACGGUUUCACAGUGGACAGCUUCAGCUGGAAUGAGUUCAUCCAAACGCUCGCCCUCCGUGAUCGCCUCGUAGACGCCUUCAUCACCUGCGAGAAAUACCUCAUGCCGCGCUUUCCGGGCUGGCGCGACCUCGCCCCGAACUACAUCCGCCACAAUCGCCAAGGAUACCAGUGGAUGGAGAUCCGGCACUACGACAUCAAGAAGACGAGCGUACUGCCACGCUACAAGACCUUAGUCAUCCUCGCAAAGGCAUUUGGUCAAACUAAGAGAAAUGAGCAAAGUGGUGUGGGGUAUGAUGUGAGUGCAGGCGCGUGGAUGAGAGAGAUUUUGGAAAAGUCAGCACCGAUGACUAUCAGGGCUAUUGAGUCUAUGCCGAAAACGAACGACAGGCUGCAAAGAAGAGUACUUCCAUAACGCGUGAUAGAUCGCGGACGAAGUUUACAUAUUGUAUAAUGGCAUCAUCAGGCAUUCAAGGAGUGCAUAGAGUGUUGCAUCUAGAGGCACUUGUACAUUCGUACCUACACCGUUGCUUGUAUGAAUAGCUGUAGAGAGUUGGGCGUAAAUGUACAUAUAGUCAAUGAAGACGGAGUCACUUCUCGAAUACUCGUACCUUGUUCCAUUCCAUUAUCUUCUAGGA